AUGACCGAAUCUCUUCAUUUCCUGCGGCGAGUCACCGGAGGCGCUGUCAGCUCAGGGCGACCUGCGCCUAGUGCGAAUCCGCCGAUGUACGCCUCGAGUAUCAAAGCCACAGGGGAACUUCAAUAUUCUAGUCGCCUGUUCCUCGUAGAAGUUCAGGGCGAUGAGAGUCGUGUUGAGCUAGCCUUGUUGAGGAGGCGGGAUCGGCUUGCGAAGCUUGCUGUAAUCGUUAACCUUAUCUGUGUUCAAGCUGUUCAAACCGAUCUGUGA